AUGAAUAUCAGCAUGCGAUCCAGUCAAUCCUCCUACGGGGACCCGCGGUACCUCUCAACCAUGACAGUCUCCGAUGCUCCAGCCCCGCCGCACGGAAAGACACUGGUGGAUGGGUAUCGCGAUGGGUUGGACCCCCAACACGACGACCGGUCGCGAUACAACCCGCUCAAUACCACCCACCCCCGAAGCUCGGCUAUCUUAAAUGCCAACGACCCUGUGGCCAUGUACCUGUUGACGGAGACCGCGAUAGGGGAUAGCGCCAACUAUGAAGUUUUGUCCUUUGAGGAGGUGGAAGAACUGAAGAAGGAAGCUACAUUACUGUCCACUCGCAUCGAGGGUACGAAGCGGAAAUUGGCGCUGGAAACAAAAUUGCGUGAUGCAGCACAAUCUAUCGGCAGACUCUACAGCCCGCCCAGCCCGCGCAGCAGCGGCGAGUACGGGACCAAUGGUCAGAACCCAAACCGGAGGAGUCGAAUUUUUGGUCGCAGUGGGAUCUCUGAGGCCCUCGACAAAAGUGAUUCCGAACUUGCAGUCAGCCAGCGGCGAUGUGAGGAGCUGGCACAGGAGCUCUGGAAGUUGGAGAAGAGGUCGCAGAAAAUCAACCAGCGGUUGCUGGAGCACACUGCGGGCGUCUUGCAGAUGACACACAAGGGUUUGAAGAAGAGCCCCAAGAACCCUGCUCCUCACGACUCGGAGGACAGUCACGACAAGUUCGACGAUCGCAGCCUCUAUCGGACAACCGACGAUCUGAAUGAGUUUGGCGUGCAUGGGAGGAUAGAGAAUAAUGCGGCUGUCGCAAUGAACACCGAGGCCAUGCGAGCCACAGAACGACAACUGGAGGCGCUGAGCGAGCGCAUGCAUGACAUGAUGAUACGAUCCAACCCCGGUGAAUUCAUCGACCCACCUCCGCAGCUGUCAGGCGGGCCAGUCAAUCCCACUGCAACGGUCGAGGCAUAUGUGGCUUACAUCGCGAAUGGCAUGAAUAAUAUUGCUUUGCGCACGGAAGACUCGCACGCGCGAGACGCCUCUUCCGUGCGUGCGCCAGAGGUUAUCCCUGAGGUUGAGGGUGCUUGGAAACACCAACUUGCUGAAAUCAACAACCGAGUUCAGGCCAUCGUUGAUCGGUUUGGAUUGACCCGCUCGCCGACCUUGCCUCCGCCCCCCGAUGUCUCGCAUGGCGAGGGACUGGAAGAACAACUCUCAUACCUUCAAGCUGGUGUGGACGGUCUGGACAGUCGGGUGGAUGGACUACUUGAACAGAAGAGUAUUCUGACCACGCAGAUCCAGCAGCAGCGCGAGCUCAACUCCAAGUCGGAUGCCGAACGAGACGCUCACAUUGGAGACCUGACAGAACAGUUGACUCACGUUCGCAGAGAUCUUGAAGUAUCUGAACGUGAAGGCAACGCCCACCGCGACGAGCUGGCUCUUGUCAUGGAACAGCUCAAUGCAAUGCGCCACAAUGGCUCUUCUCAGGAGGAAGCCAAGGCUGCUCUGGUCCAGGCGGAAGGUGAAGUUGCGCGCCUGCAAAGUGUCGUCACUUCCUUGCACAGCGAAGCCGAUGCCAGGAUCAACGAAGUCAGCGAAGCCCGGGAUGCGCAAGAUCAGGCAGAGGGCGAGGUCAAACGCCUGCAGCACUACAUCGAAGAGGUUGAGAGGGAGAACGAAGCCAGGGUCGUUGAAAUCAGCGAUGCCCGCGACCGCGCCGAAGGCGAGGCCAAACGUCUGCAGCUCAUCAUCGAUUCGUUGCAAAGUGGCGCUGACGCCAAGAGUGAAGAGAUCAGAGAAGCUCGCGACCGUGCGGAAGAAGAAGCCAAGCGCCUGCAGGCCGUCAUCGUAUCUAUGCAGCAUGAAUCCGAUACCAGAGCCCUGGAAGCUAGCGAGGCGCGUGAUCAUGCCGAAGAGGAAGUCAAGCGUCUGCAGAUCGCCAUUGAAGCCCUGCAGAAUGACAACAAUACCAGAGGCGAGGACAUCCAAGAGGCCCUUGGUCGGUCAGAAAACGAGGUUCAACGCCUCCAAGGCGUCAUUGAAACGCUGCAGAACGACAGCGAUUCCAGACUUGAGGAGAUCACGGGUGCUCGUGACCGCGCAGAGCAAGAGGUGGCCCAACUCGAAGCCGCCAUUCAACAGAUCCGCCUCCAAUCCGAUACCCGUGUGCAGGAAGCAGAGGAGCAGCGCGCCCAAUCCGACCAGACUGCCACUCGCCUGCAGAACGAGCUGACCGAGCUCGAAGGCGAGAUUGUACGGGUCACAACGGAACUGACAAUGGUCAAGGCAGAGCUGGAUGGCGCUUAUGGUACCCGAGCCGAGCGUGCCGCUGAGGUGGCUGCCGACCCCAGUGUCCAGCGGGAGAACGACGCACUGGUGACUCGCAAUAUCGAGCUUACUGAGGAACUUGCCAUGCUCAAGAGCCAGCGCGGAGGUGGCGAUCUUCAGCAACGGGCGGAUACUCUUGAGAAAGAACUCCGGGAGACCAUCGACGAUUACGAAGCCAUGACCAAAGCCAGCAUCGAAUUCGAGAAGGAACGUGAGCGCUUCGAAAGCUUCAUUGACAGUCUUCGGGAUCGUUGCGAGCAACUAGAGACCCAACUGGCCGAGGAACGUAUCAGCUGGAUGAACUUGAGUAGUCCUACGUCUGUGGGCCGCGACGGUGCUUCGGAGACGACAUCUACCAUGGUACUCAAGAAUGAGUUCAAGAAGAUGAUGCGUGAUACACGCAAUGAGAACAUGAAGAUACUGAGGGUGAGUCUUUCUUGA